UAGGCUCUGCGGGCUCCCGCGGGCUGCUGGUCACAGUGGGUCUCACAACUUCCUCACUUCCCUAAAUGGGCAACUUCACAUUUAGAACCCCAGGUCUUCCCUGGCAGACCCAAAUGGCCCGGCCAGGAUAGGCCUGGGCCCCUCACCUUGGAUCCCUGCCCCGCACUGGGCUGUGCCCGUCCCCACUGCAUGGAGCCAUGCCUCCCGCCUUCCUGCUGCUGUUGCCGCUGCUGCUCUGGCUCCAGGGCCCUGUCUCAGGUGCCCCCAUGGAGCAUGUGUACUCAAAAUUGCAGCACUUCGAAGGGGAGACUCUGUCUGUGCAGUGCUCCUACAAGAGCCGCAAAAACCACGUGGAGGGUAAGGUUUGGUGCAAAAUCAGGAGGAGGAAGUGUGAGACCGGGUUCACCCGUGUGGGGGUGCAGGGGCCACGCUACUUGCUGCAGGACGAUACCCAGGCCAAGGUGGUCAACAUCACCAUGGCGGCCCUCAGGCUCCAGGACUCGGGCCGGUACUGGUGCAUGCGCAACAGCUCUGGCAUCCUCUACCCUCUGAUGGGCUUCCUGCUGGAAGUGUCUCCAGCCUCCAUAACCAAGGGAAACACUCCUCUCACGAAGCUGCCCAGCAUCUUCCAGAGUGAAACAGUCGUCGCCACAGGCCCAGCGCCCACCUCAGGCCCUGGGAGCCCUUUCAUCAGCCAAGCGACAGUGUUCACAGCUGGACUCCUCACCUUGGCCAGACCUCUGCCUUCUCCCACCUCAGGGAGCACCAGACUGACUUCUGUGAUGGGCUCCAGUUUCUCCAGCACUAGCCUGUCCACCACAGGGCCCGGGAGGGCCACCGGGUCCCAGACUGCGACUGCGUCUCCCAGCAACACCCGAGCCUCCGCUGCAGCCCUAGGCUACACCUCCACUAAGGCCGCGCACCUCUGCACCAUGGGAGCCCCCACCAUGGGAAUGUGCCCCACCAGCAGAACUCUCCUCAACCACUUAUUCCCCAGCAGAUACCUGGACUUUUAUCCCAUGGUGCUCGUCGGGGUGCUGGCACUGCUCCCCAUGCUUGCGAUGCUGAUCGUGGUCUAUGGCUUCUGGAAGAAGAGACACAUGGGAAGCUACAGCGUGUGCCGUGACCCUGCCAGAUCCUGCAAGGACUCGUCUGCAAGACCGGAACCUCCCUGGAGGUCCGCUUGGUCUGAAGCCACUCAACUGUGGGGUGGGGAGGAGCUUCUCCCAGAGGGGCCCCGGGAGACCCCCAGGAGACUCCUCAGAGGAGGAGCGAAGACGGGGACGUGUCUGGGUUGGAGCCAGGCUGGGGGUGAGGACUGUGCAACCUGGACUCAGGCCUUCCUGGAACCGGAGGCUGUGCCGCAUCUACUCGGUUCCCCUGGGCUGCUGGGAACCUGGCGGGGGUGGGAGUCAGAGCACGUGGUGCUAGGCAGGAAGUCUCUGAGGGUUUGGGGCGCCACUGAGAUGGUUCUCCUGGGAGCCACAGACCCCCGGGGCCCCAGCUAGGUGGCAGACAAGCCCCGAGGGUGCUGUUUGCAGACAGAGAACCUCUGCUAUCAUCAGCCUCGGAACCUCUUACUACAGAGCUGAGGGGGGAGGGGUGGACAGCUGGGGCCACCCUCUCCCGACCUGGGGCCCUGUCCUCAGUUUCCCUCUGCUCCCCUCAAGUGUCCCUAUGCUCCUGGGGGAAGAAAGAGUCCCAGAAGCAGCUUAUGUCACAAGGGUCCCGCCCCAGAGGAGAAACAGUGACUAAGAGGUAGGGGUCGAUAGAGGCCCUGGGGACCCCAGAGCUAUCUAAGCCUCCCACCCCCUGGGCCGAGCAUCCUCUACCGGGCCUCCGCAUGCCCCCUGGCCUGACCACAGCUGCUUGUCCCUCAGGUCCCGGGUGCCAGUGGAGCCCACGCCCCCACUGCUGCCUGCUGCCCGGGCCCUCCAGGGACAGCUGUGACCAGGCAGCUGAGAGCCCUUGCCUGCAGGGCAAGCCUGUCCCUAGACCUGCAUGCAGAGGCUGACCAAGGCUCUUUCCCCCAGUUCCCACACCCUAGCUCUGGGUCUGUACUCCUGGAAGGGAUGCAGGGGAGGCCUGGGGUCCACUGGAGGGGAAGUCAUAGCUCAGAGAAAGGAAGGAUCACUUCCCUUCAGGGGACUCAUUGUUCCCUGGGAAGAGGACCCAACGGCGGCACAGCAAAGAAAACUCAGAGCUGCCCGCAGCCUGGAGGAAUUCCCUGAGCUGGGAGGGGGCGGGCAGGGGGGAUGGAGCCAAGGAGCCUGGGUCAGGGGCACAGUGGCCAGAGGAGUCUCUCCUGCCCCCCUUCAGCCCCCGCACCCUGCCCUCCAGCUCAUGGCUCAGAUUCAGCCUCUUCAACAGCAAAGGCUAAAGAAUAGGGGCUGGAUUCCUCCCCUAGGGAGGGGUGUCCACCAGCCUGGGGCCACUGGAUGAGAGCCUUGGGGUGGAUGUAGCCUCUCUGCUCUCAGCCCUGGGUCAUAGCCCUCCUUGGUAGGACAGCAAACAUCAGAGUCAAGGGAGUGGCACAGAGGGGCCUUGGUGGGCAGCCAGCCCAGGGUCACCACUCUAGCGUGGAGAUGGGGAGAGAGGAAGGGGCAGGGGGCAAUCCCGGUGGGGGGGCAGCAGGGAGGCAGCCCCUCUGCCCCGUGUCCAGGAGAAGACACUAGAGGGGAGACUCAGACUGAGGAACUGACAGGCCUGGUGCCGGGACACAUAUGCGGGCGCUGAUAACCAGCCUCCUUAUCAGGAGGGUGUGGCCCACACCCGGUGUAUAACCAAGAGGGGGUUAAUUUUCCCCCCGAAAAGCACACACCUAUGGCCCUGCCCCGGUUGAGAGCAGGAUGUCAGGGAGAGUACUGCAGGGGCUCAGGACCGGGACCCAGGGGUGCACCUGUCACGUGGGACCCUGGGCAAGUCACUAACCCUAUCGGGCCUCACGUUUCCUGUCUUGUGAAAGGGGACACUAAUUCCUACCUCUCAAGACUGUAUUCAGGAUAAAACGGAAUAACACACGAAUCUCACACAACUGACAGAAAGACUAAUGCUUGGUCCUCCAGUUCUUUUCCAGGUCUGAUGCUUGUCCCAUUCUACCUUUAAGAACGUUGGACCCUAAGUCUCUGUUUUGUCCUCGACUGCAAAGGGGUAGAGAGAGAAGAGGGCCACAUGGCUGGUCCCAGGAGGUGGGGCUGGGCGCAAGAAGAGGCCUCUGUGCCCUGAUGUUAUAUAGGGGAGUUGUUAGGGGGACCGACCAUCCCUGUUUGCCCAGGAUGAGGGGCUCCUGGAACCAGGUGGACCUGCCUGAGCUGCCCACCCCUGGAGCCAGCUCCCACAUGGACUCGAGCUAAGGACAGACACACAGCGCUGGGGACGUGCAGACCAUGUCCCCAGGUCCCCAGCCCUUAGGGGCCUGGGUGGUGUUUUUGGACCUCUAGGCCUCCAGGACAUUUUCCCUGAAACCAUGGCCUCUCACUUUCUGCUACCUGUUGGCCCUUCUCCCUGGAGCUCCAGGAAGACCCAGAUCCUCAGCAGAUCCAGGGCGGGCCAGUGCAGGGCAGGGGAGGUAUCAGGCAGGCCAGGGCUACUGCUGCCUUUGGUGGACGAGAUGAGGGACUUUCUGAGCAGUGGGUGAGACGACAGGACACACCUGUGAAGGGUUUCCUGUCAUGGCUAAGGGAAGGAGCAAAUAAAGGAAGCCCAGCACCCACGGGACGUUCGCUCUGUGAGCCCUGAUCUGAGCCCAGGAGACACACGUGUUCUUGCUGCAGGGCCAGCAGGCGAGCCUGGGCUUCAUGGUCCCCCGUGGCUGCAAAUGGGCUUCUCACUCUGCAUCAGCCUGGACAGGUGGACGCUGUGCUGUGUGGCCGGGCUCCUUCUUCAGGCUAUGGGGCUUCCUGCCCCGAGGCUGGGAGUAGCGAGGGCAGAAGGUGGCCUCGAGUCUGCCUGGGGCAGACCCCUCUCAGGGCAACCCAUUCCCCUCCAUCCACUGACACAGGGAGUCUGAAGUCCCGGCAACCCCUUUCUUCUUGGCGAUCCUGAAGGGUGGCCUGUCUCCAGAACUGCUCCUCAAGUGGCCUAGGGAGGUCUGGCGUCUGCCCAUUCUGUUUCCCACCUUUUGCUUCCCCAGCCUCGUCCCUGAGCAUAUAAACCUCCCUGCCAGUUGCUGCUCCCCAUAAGCCCGAUCUGCUCUGCGGCUUGUUUACGGACUUGUCUCUUCUUUGUUGUUUAUUAUCCAUGAACAGCCUGUGACAAUUGUUUUUCUGUAGCUUGUCUACUGACCAUUA